GGGACCACUCUGUGUCUGGGUGAAGAAUGAGAAGGACCACCAUUUCCAGCAGAGGAAUUACCAUUAGGACAAUCGUUGAGUUUUUAAAUCCGUUUUUUUGUGUGUUUUUUUAAACAAUUCUAGGUGAAACUUUACAUGAGAUGAAAGGCGCAGAGAGACUCAUCUUUCUGGGCUGGCUGCUGACAGGUACCCUGUGUCAAGGUGGGGUGGAAGGAACGGUCUGCACUAAUCCUCCCAGGAACACGUCAGUAUCUGUGAUUCCCUCUGGCGAAGUGUUAGAGGGCAGCUCAGUGACUCUGACCUGCAGCAGUGAUGCCAACCCACCAGGGAUCAGCUACCACUGGUACUCAGUGAGAGCAGGUGACACCAGAUCUACAGGCUAUGGGCCGGUCCUGAGGACCAAAAUCUGGGCGGACAAUACCCACUUCUACUGUGAAGCCAAGAAUAUGUGUGGAGCACAUAAUUCAACGAUCACUAAAGUAACUGUGUGGUAUGGUCCUAAAACCAUGUCUGUGUCAGUCACCCCAUCUGGACCCGUGUUUGAUGGUGCGAUGGUGAAUCUGACCUGCAGCAGCAAUGGCAACCCACCAGUAAGCAGCUUCACCUGGUACAGUGUGAAGGGAGACCAGGCGACACGGCUUGGGGUUGGGACGAGGCUAGAGACCAGUGUGUCUGCAGAAGUCCACCAGUUUUACUGUGAGGGCAGAAACGACCAUGGAGGACAGAACUCAACGCUGAUAGAAGUGGUUGUACAGUAUCCUCCCAGAAACACGUCAGUAUCAGUGAAUUCCUCUGGUCCAGUGUUGAAGGGCAGUUCAGUGACUCUGACCUGCAUCAGUGAUGCCAACCCACCAGUGUCCAGCUAUAACUGGUACUCAGUCGACGAGAGCGAAACACGCAGUGUAAUAGGAUUUGAACAGAUGUACACAGUAGCUAAUGUCAAUGGUAAUACACAGUACUUCUGCAUAGCUAAAAAUCAACACGGAUCGGACAAUUCAACAACGCUCCAGCUCGACAUUCAGUAUCCUCCCAGGAACACGUCAGUAUCUGUGAGUCCCCCUGAUUCUGUGUUAGAGGACAGUUCAGUGACACUGACCUGCAGCAGUGAUGCCAACCCACCAGUGACCAGUUACCGCUGGUACUCAGUGAGAGAGGGGAAGGAGGACUAUGUGGCUUCUGGACAAAAACUAAUCCAGGCCACAAUGAAUGUUAUUGACGGAAGAGAAUACUACUGUAAAGCCCAAAAUCAUCAUGGAGAGGAUCAGUCAGCGACUACAAACGCAUCUAUAGAGUUUGCUCCUCAGAUCUCAUCCUCCUCUCGCUGCCUCCACUCCGGAUCUCAGGUCAGCUGUACCUGUGACAGCCACGCUAACCCCGCCCCCUUGGUGCAGUGGCGUCUGUCUGGCCGACAUGUCAAUCAUUCCACAGCCACGGCCAUCAGGGAGGAGCCUCUGGGCAGAAUUGGCCUCAGGAGCAUUCUGACCAUCCGUCAAUCACAAGAAGACACGCCCACUGCACUUUGCCUCAGCUCCAACUCUCAGGGCUCUGCCAGUCUGCAGCUUUGUGUCACCUCCACAGGUUACCAGAUGCUGUCUCUGUUGGUGGGAGCUGGGGCAGGUGCUGCUGGGAUGCUGUUGCUGUGCGUCGUAACAUGUAUCAUUGCCAGGAGAUUGCAUGCCAAGACAACCUGGGAUCUGAAACCGGAGGACAUAACAGAGCUCAUACUAACUGACUGGACUCUCUCUCAGGAAGAGGACUCUCUGUACGCCAGUAAAUCCACACUGACCGGACACCCGCGAGCCAACGGGGCCAAUGGGAAAGGGACCAGAGGGGUUAAUCCAGACCUCCAUGGGCCCCAACCCACAGACCCUCCUGGAGGUCUACACUAUAAACCCCCACCCAUAGGCCCCCCUAACUGUGAUCACGUACCCCUCCAGCACUCCAGCCUGGAUACCACCACGACCAGGAUAGAGGGGUAGGGAGCGGGGGGGGUGACAUCACACGUGACAUCACGGGUGACAUCAGGGGUGAGAGAGGGUGACAGUUUCCUACCAGGAGAACACCUAUAUGUCAGUUUCCAACCAGGAGAACAUCUAUAUGUCAGUUUCCAACCAGGAGAACAUCUAUAUGUCAGUUUCCAACCAGGAGAACACCUGUCACCUUACCUAAAUUUCAACUGAACAGGACAUUUGAUUCAGGAAAUCUUUUCAAUCGCCUGAUGUUGUUGUUGUUGCUCGACUGUGUUGAUUUAAUUGAUGUUAACUCUCAGAGUGAAAAAAACAUGGGAGGGGCCCUCAUUAUUAUAUUUCCCAGCAGGCUUCAGGAAUAGAAGUCAUUGAAUGCAACAACCGUGUCUCUGUCACUAAAAAAUACAGUAAUGGACGGACGGGCAUCUCUCACAUUCACUAGAAAUGCAUUCUGGGAAAUUUGAAAAUACAGCUUUGCACCCUACAGUGUCAAAACAAAACCCCCAAUGUUCAGCGUUUGAAACCUAAACACCUUGUGCUGACUAAACGUGUUCACCCGUUUAAAAAAAGGGUUAAACAUGUUCUGGUGUUUACAAUCUGUUGUUAUGAGCUGAACCCUCUUCAAAUCAAAUCAAAUGUUUUUGGUCACAUAGACAUGGUUAGCAGAUGUUAAUGUGAGUGUAGUGAAAUGCUUCUAGUUCCGACAGUGCAGUAACAAGUAUCUAACAAGUAAUCUAACAAUUCCCCAACAACUACCUACUACACACAAAUCUAAAGGAGUGAAUGAGAAUAUGUACAUAUAAAUAUAUGGAUGAGUGAUGGAUGAACGGCAUAGGCAAGAUGCAGUAGAUGGUAUAAAAUACAGAAUAUACAUAUGAGAUGAGUGAUGUAAGAUAUGUAAACGUUAUUAAAGUGGCAUUGUUUAAAGUGUCCAGUGAUUGGGUCUCAGCGUAGGCAGCAGCCUCUCUGAGUUAGUGAUUUCUGUUUAGUGUGUUGGCAGCAGCCAUUCAAUGUUAGUGGUGGCUGUUUAACAGUCUGAUGGCCUUGAGAUAGAAGCUGUUUUUUCAGUCUCUCGGUCCCAGCUUUGAUGCACCUGUACUGGCCUCGCCUUCUGGACGAUAGCGGGGUGAACAGGCAGUGGCUCGGGUGGUUGUUGUCCUUGAUUAUCUUUUUGGCCUUCUUGUGACAUCGGGUGAUGUAGGUGUCCUGGAGGGCAGGUAGUUUGCCCCCGGUGAUGCGUUGUGCAGACCUUACUACCCUCUGGAGAGCCUUGUGGUUGCGGGAGGUGCAGUUGCCGUAACAGGCGGUGAUACAGCCCGACAGGAUGCUCUCGAUUGUGCAUCUGUAAAAGUUUGUCAGGGUUUUGGGUGACAAGCCACAUUUCUUCUGCCUCCUGAAGUUGAAGAGGCGCUGUUACGCCUUCUUCACCACACUGUCUGUGUGGGUGGACCAUUUCAGUUUGUCUGUAAUGUGUACGCCAAGGGAACUUUCCACCUUCUCCACUGCUGUCCCUUCGAUGUGGAUAGGGGGGUGCAUGUGAACAUUGUUGGACUAUGUGAACAUUGCUGUUAUGGUUUAAACCCUUGUUGUUAUGAUUUAAACACUGCUGUUAUGGUUUAAACCCUUGUUGUUAUGAUUUAAACACUGCUGUUAUGGUUUAAACCCUGUUGUUAUGAUUUAAACACUGCUGUUAUGAUUUAAACACUGUGACAUGUUUUUGUUGAACUUCUAAAUGCCUUGAAGAGUUUAAAAAGUGUUCCAGAAAAGUGUUUAGCUAUCUGUUCAGAUCAUAAACACUUGGCUUUACAGUGUAGAGAGUAGGGGGGUUAGUAGGGAGGGGGACAAAGGAGGGAAGGGGAGACAAGGAGGAGGGGGGAGAUGGGAGAGAGAAGGGGGAGAGAGGCCAGCAUCAAAGGACAACAGCCAGAGGAGGAAGAGGCGGAUUCGGAGCUUGGGAAUUGUGUCUUAACGUCCUAGUAAGACAAAAGCCGGAGUGAGAAUGAAUGCCGUGGUUGGGUCAGGAACUGGCAGGGAGGGUGGGGUUAACGCAGGACAAGCAGGAAAGGAAUGGCAACAAAGGACUCUAGAACCUGGACCAAUAGAAUGCUUUCUGACUGGCUGAUUGUCUCCAGGAGCCCAGGAGGGACACAAUGGAGACUUCGUUUGUUUUGCUUUCUGUGAAUGUUACGCUGUAUUUAUAAACUCUGGAAUUAUAAAAAAAAAACAAUGUUGAAUAAAAUCCAAAUAAGUUUAUAAUAGA